CUUAUAUAAGGAAGCAGGGAACACAAUCCAAGCAACUUCAAAAACUUUAGUUGGAAGACAUGCAGCUCUGGUUGUGUUGUGCCCUGUUGGUGUUCGUGGCCGGAGGCUGCUUGGCUCAGCAACCUCGUCCAUGCAAAAGUCCUCCCCUCUUCGAGGGAAGCUUUAGUGUGGUAGCUCAAAAUGGCGAUUUCCUGGGACUUGGGAAGCAAUCCUACGAUGCUAUAUUAAAGCGCAUCCGCAUCCGAGAGUUUGUAAUGGCUGGGAAUCAUACCGAAGUUAUAGAUGCUCUGCUUCUUUAUCAAGAGAAAUUGAUGUACCAGAUCGACUAUAAACAUAGGACGUGCCAAAAGCAGGCGCUGAUUGACGAGUUCCACCCGAUGGAGAUCCCGGCCAACUCCACUCUUCUUGGUCAGGUGGUUUUGGGGAGUCUCUCUGCACCUGGUGAAGGUGUGCUCGCCAACUCAUGGACUGGAGACUUACCUGAGGUUAAAGGCUGGUAUGCCAUGACAUUCACAGAGUUUGGCUGCUUUCCUGUAGGUUUACUUUACAGUGUUCCAAAAACUGACUUGAUUGUUGGCAGCUUUUUUAACAACAUUCGUGGGAUCGAGGAUCCGUCCGUGUUCAUUCCUCCGCCGUUCUGCGAUGACGCUACUCUGAAAGCAGGGGAGGGGAAUUUCUUCAGUGUUUUCUUCUGAAUCAAUUCUGGUGCUCUUCAAAUGACCCACAUGUAACAUCUCUUAACACUGAUCCUAAAUAAAGAGGUUGGCGAACAUUUAAAUGUACACAAUGUGCUCAUUUUAAAAAUGGUUUGUUUUUAUAAUUUGUGCAUUUUAAUUCAUAUUUGGUUUUAGUGUGGAUGGUUUCUUUAACACCUUAAUGAUUUUGUCAGAUUAGUUAGAUUCCAUUAACCAUUUAAAUUGUAUAAAGCACCAUACGUUCCAUAUAUUUUUCUACUUUUCACAAUUUUGAAUUGUGCAAAUAUGUACGUGUACCUCUAACUCAGACAAAGUAAAGGUAGAGUGACCGUAGAAGCAAGACAAACUCAUCAGGAAUGUAUAAUCUUCUUAAAAAGCAAUAAAAAAUAUUUUCUUCUCA